CGCGUCGCCGCCGCUCGGGAAGGGGCGGGCCCCGCGCACCCUGCGCUCGCCAUGGCCGCCCGGGCGGCGACGUGAGCCGCUCGGCGGACCCCGCGCCGGGGCCGGGCCGUCCCCAAAGCCGCCGCCAAGCCUCCGGCGCCAGAGCCCCGGGCCAUGCGGCCGCCUCCGUCGCUCCUGUCGCUGCUGCUGCCGCUGCUGUUGCUGCUCGGCGGCCGCGCCGCCGCCGCGGCCCUGGCAGACUCUCGCGCCCAGCUGCCAGCUCCUCGAAACCCGAAGGUUCACCUGUACAAUGCCGAGCAGGUUCUGAGUUGGGAGCCGGGGUCGCUGAGCAAUGACACAAGGCCGGUGGUCUACCAGGUGCAGUUCAAAUACCCCUCUGACAGUCGGUGGUACGACACCAGGGACAUAGGCGUGGACUGUAUGAACGUCACCACGACGGAGUGUAACUUCACCCCAACCAGCCUGUCAAAUGGUUUCCCACCACAUUUCAACGUCUCUCUACGUGUCCGAGCUAAGUUGGAGGACCUGGUUUCCCCAUGGCUGUCAGUGCCUUGGUUCCUAUACUAUUGGAAUGUUACCGUUGGACCUCCUGAGAACGUCUGGGUGACCCCGGGAGAAGGCUCCCUGAUCAUCAGAUUCUCCUCUCCCUUCGACAUCCCUGCCUCCCUGGCCACUUUUGUGUACUACGUCCAUUACUGGGAAAAGGCAGGAAUCCAAAAGGUUAAAGGUCCCUUCAGGAGCAACUCCAUUGUGCUGAAUGACUUGAAGCCCUUAAGAGAAUACUGUUUACAAGUGAAGGCGCAUCUGGUUUGGACAUACUACAACAACAUCUCUAGACCCGGACAUUUAAGCAACAUAUCUUGCUACGAAACAACAAUGGAUGCCACUACCAAGCUUCAACAAGUCAUUAUCAUUGCCGUGGGUAUCUUUCUGUUGCUGUCGGCGCUGGCGGGGGCCUGUUUCUUCCUGGUCCUGAAAUACAAAGGCCUGAUAAAAUACUGGUUUCACUCUCCGCCAAGCAUCCCGUCACAAAUCGAAGAGUAUUUAAAGGACCCGAGCCAGCCUAUCUUAGAGGCCCUGGACAAGGACACGUCGCCAACGGAUGAUGCCUGGGACUCUGUGUCCAUCGUUUCGUUUCCAGAUAAGGAGCAAGAAGACGUUCCCCAAAGCACUUUGACCCAAGACUCUGGUCCGGUCUGCCAGCCUGUGGGACAAGAGCUCUGAGCCGAGGAGGCUGCUGAUGGCCCUGGCAGGACUCUCUGGAGCCCAGUAUUCUGUAUUCCUGUCCCCAAAAGGCCCGUCAGUGCCUGGGAAGACGUAACGGGUCUCAUGGGGGCAACAAGCCUCAUUUUUUUUGAGUUUUCUAAUCAUACACGUUUCCAGAAUGAUUCUACAGAGAUAGCCCCGAAAGAUUAAGAUUUCUCUUAAACACUAAAAAGACACGUAAUUAUUUGUUAGCAAAGCAGCUCUGGCAUGCCUCUGAUGCUUUGUUAGUUGGCAGCCAGGACACGGGGUCCCCUCCUUGACGCAGCCCUGCGGGCAGAUCACGUCACCUGUCCCAGUCUGUCCCAAGAAGGGACAUUAAGUGGCCCUUCUUCAUAUCCAGUCACCUGACUUAAAAUGUGAUUCUUCCUGUAAAUAGUUUCCUAGUGAUUUAAGCCUUUUUUUUUUUUAAGCUAAUAAUAAAAGACUGUAAUUAACU